AUGAGUUCAUCGGGCGCCCGUCGCGUCUCGACGUUGAGAUCAGCGUUGAAUGUCAGCUCAGAUGGCCGCCGAUUCUCCAUCCACCCAGAAGAUGAGCGCUCGUCCGACACUCACCAGGACUUGAGAAAUCACCCUUCUCACAGACACACUGGUCUAGACGAGAGCAGAGCCAGCACUGGUGUCAUCUGGACGACAGAGCAAGCUGCUAAACAUGGCUUCCAGGAUGAACCCGAGAAAUGGGCCAACUUAGGCGCACCAGAAGUCGGCGAUGACAUUGAAGGCUGCUUCCCCCGUCCCACCUCCAUCGACAUCUCUAUGAAUGGCAGAGAGUACGGUCCAACCGCAGGCAUCAAGUCCCUCCGAGCAGCGGUCGCCAACCUCUACAACGACAACUACCGCAAGGGCAAAGAUUCGCAAUACACAUGGGAGAACGUGUGCAUCGUUCCAGGCGGAAGAGCUGGACUCAUUCGCAUUGCUGCGGUCUUGGGCAAUGCCUAUCUUGGUUUCUUCAUUCCUGACUACACCGCGUACAAUGAGAUGUUGAGCUUGUUCCGCAACUUCGUGGCUAUCCCUUCUCCAUUGAACGCCGCCGAUGGCUACCACAUCCACGUAGACAAGAUCGCCGAAGAGUUGGCCCGUGGAACGUCCGUCAUUCUGACUUCAAAUCCUCGCAAUCCCACGGGCCACGCCUUGCAUCCCGAUGAGCUCAAGCUGAUCCAGGACAUCUGUCGGGAUCGAGCGACUCUCAUCUUCGACGAAUUCUACGCCGGGUACAACUACAGCACCAACUGUGAUGGCACCACGAUUUCUUCUGCUUCGAAUGUCCAGGACGUCGAUCUCGACGAUGUGAUCAUUGUCGAUGGCUUGACCAAACGAUUCAGACUACCAGGCUGGCGUGUUGCGUGGAUCGUUGGGCCGAAAGACUUCAUCAAAGCGUUGAGCUCUUCCGGCAGCUACCUCGACGGUGGCACCAAUGUGCCCUUCCAAGAGGCUGCUGUCAAGAUGCUCGAACCUCACAAAGUCAAGAACGAGAUGCAGGCUCUUCAACGACACUUCAAGGAGAAGCGCGACUAUUGUUUAGGCCGACUGAAAGAGAUAGGUUUCCACAUGGGAGACCAGUCCAUUCCGGAUAGCACGUUCUACAUCUGGCUCGAUCUCACCGCUUUGGACCCCCCGGUGCCGAAGGAUAGUCCCAUUGACAUUUCCAACGGUCUCUCUUUCUUUCAUGCCCUUUUGGAAGAGAAGGUGAUCGUCGUGCCGGGUAUCUUCUUUGACCUCAACCCAUCCAAGAGAAGAGAACUCUUUGACAGCCCGUGUCACCAUUAUGUGCGGAUCAGCUACGGGCCCAAGAUGGAGAUGCUGAAGAUGGGUUUGGACGGGAUCGAGAGACUGGUCAAGCGUGCCAGAGGCGAGAGUGGAGAUUACGACAGCGCAAUCCAUGACGAGCCCGAAGAAAAGAGUCCCUCAAGCCCCGUGUUUCGCAACCCCAAAUACCGCAGUACUGAGGGACAUGGCGAACAGCAUUGA